UGCAUUUACGCUCUCUCGUCUGUAUGAAUUAAUUGUUUGUAAGUCAAUUGUCUGCUUGGCAGGCUUGAUAUCAUCUCAGCUCGUAUUUGACCGGCAAUUCGGUUAUAGUGGCAGCUGAUGACAUGCUCCGUUAAGGUUAUAUAAAGCGUCAUAUUCCUCUUGCCAAACCACCAUAAAUGAUUUACAGUGGCACCUCAAAAACUAGCAUCAAAAAUCACACCUAGUAUCAAAAUGUCCCUCCCCAAAACAAUGCGCGCCCUCCUCCAGCCCUCCAUUGAAGAACCCCGUCUGGUCCUCACCCCAGACCACCCCGUCCCAACAGCCACAGAAGGAACAGACGAGCAUCUCAUCCGCGUGCACUGCGUUAGCCCGUGCGCCAACGAGCUUAACUGGGCCAAAUUUUUCCCUGACCUCCAAGGACGCGAGCAGAUCCCCUGCUACGACGUCGCGGGAACGGUAGUAACUUCACCGCCAUCCUCCGACUUCCAGCCGGGUACAGAAGUCUACGCACGCUCGAAUUAUCUUCGCCCCGGUUGCGCACGCGACUACGCCGUUAUAUCUGGCGCCGAUCUCGCGCGCCGUCCGCAGAACCUAGGCUGGGCGCAGAGCACCGCCAUCCCGCUGAGUGCGCAGACGGCGCUGCAGGCGCUGUUCGUGCAGUCUGGGAUUGGGCAGCUGGGCGAUGAGGCAUGGCGGGGGAAGAGGGUGCUUGUUACGGCUGCGUCUGGGGGUGUGGGGAUCUGGGUGGUGCAGUUGGCGCGGCUGGCUGGUGCAACGGUGAUUGGGACGUGUGGGCCGCGGAAUGUCGAGUUUGUGAAGUCAUUCGGAGCAAACGAGGUGAUCAACUACCGGGAGACGGACCUGAAAAACCAGGUCGAUUUGGUGGUUGAUUGUACUGGCAAGAAGUCGUUGGAAGAUACGUGGUGGUGUGUCAAGGAGGGUGGGAUUCUGCUCAGCAUCUGCCAGCCUCCCGAGCAAGUGCAGCCUGAAGAGUGCAAGGGGAAGAAUGUCCGGAAUUUCUUCUUCAUUGUGUCGGCGAAUCGAGCAGAUUUGGAGAAGGUCACGAAGCUGGUGGAGGAGGACAAGUGUCGGGGUGUUGUGGACAGUGUUUGGCCGCUGGAGCAGUUCGAGGAGGCCUUUAAGCGAUUGGAUGAGGGACACGCUAGGGGAAAGAUUAUCUUGGAUUUGUCACUGAAUCAGUGACUGAACUACAUUUAGCUACAGUGUUUUCGUCAAGAGGAUUCUCUCUCAAAAGUGUCCACGACGACCAAUCUUCGCUCUUCUGAUCGCUGUGUUGAAAAGGCUUGCCCUGCAUUUAUUUGCCAAGGUCUUGUCGAUGUAUCAAAGUUUAGUCGUCGUCGUCACAACAAAUAUGUGUAGAAAACGCCUGUAACGAUGCCAUGGAAUAUCGAAUGUAUUUAUGAUACCACAGGUCUGAAAUAUGAGGAGAGUAACCCUAACCACCUGUC